GUGCAGGCCAGGCGCGCGAAAGGGCAUUGGGUCGGCGCCCGAAGCCCUGCCCGACAUGGCUGCCUGCAACCCUUGGGAUCCCGUAAAGCCAACGGCGGCUGGAUUAAUGCUGGCUCGGUGUCUGUCCGCCGGUGUGGUGUCCCAGGAGACUCUGGAUAUAUGCAGAAAACCAGCUCCUUGCUUUGUUCGUCUUUCAGAGGCAGAAGAAAUUUCAGAUCUCCAUGCUGAAAUCAACCAGAUUAAUUUGGAAGCUGAAACCCUGCAGUUGGUAAAAGAUACAGCAGAUAUUGCUCAUCCAUUCUACUUGAGUCAGAAAUGCCAGAUUCUCCAAGAAAUGAACAGGCACCUAGAAGCAGUACUAAAAGAUAAAAUAUCUCUUAGGCAGAGGCUAAUGAAGCCAUUGUGUCAAGAAAGUCUGCCUAUUGAAGCUGUCUUCCAUAGGUAUGUAGUAGAAUUAUUGGCAAUGGCAGUGGCUUUUAUUGAAAAACUAGAAACCCAUAUAGCCACAAUAAAGGGCAUUCCUCAAAUACCUCUAAUUAUGAAAAACAUGGACAGUGCACUAGCAAAGGUGAUCUUGUUAGUGACAGCAACAGAAGAACUGGCUGAACAAAUACUGGAGUUGAGAAAAAAGCAAAAGGAAAUCUAUUCUGACAAUUCACAACUGACUAUUGGAUCAGAUUCCUGGUUCAGAAGUAUACGAUAGCAUAUAUUUUCACUUCUGUCUUCAUUCUAAUGCUGUUUAGCAGGUUUGUUCAACAGUGAUAGAACAGAGUUGUGCUUUUAUUCUUCCUCUCAAAUUUACCACCACUUAUGUCUGUCUCCUGAAAUAAAUAUUUGUACCCAGAACUAAUAUUAUGUAGAAUUUGACAGAGGUUAAAUGACUUCUUGAGGGUUGAUUGACCUCUUGAACCUCUUUGAGAAAAUUUUUUAACAAACCAAUUUCCUGACACUGCCUUAACAUUUAUGUGCACAUGUCCUGUAUUUAUGCAAAGUGAAUAAACUAACUUUAAAAAAUC